AGUACUCAGACCCGGAAGCCGGAAGUUGAUGCUCAGGAAUGUUGAUGUUAGAAAGUGGAAGAGAAGAGCGUUAACGAGAGCUGCUCGAGUUAAUUAAUUAUUAGUAAUUAAAUCCGAUCAGGAUGAUUGAGAUCUCGAGCAGAAUGUGAGAGUCGGACGGAAAACAUCAUGCCGUUCAAACACAUCAGACAGCUCAGUGUGGGCCGGGCGAGGGUGUCUCAUGCGGUGGCUGUGAUCUUCCUGGAGUUCUUCUCCUGGGGUCUCCUGACCACGCCGAUGCUGACGGUGCUGCGCGAAACCUUCCCACAGCACACGUUCCUCAUGAACGGCCUCAUCCAGGGCGUCAAGGGUUUGCUGUCGUUCAUGAGCGCUCCACUGAUCGGGGCCUUGUCUGAUAUUUGGGGCAGAAAAAGUUUCCUGCUGCUCACAGUGUUCUUCACCUGCGCCCCAAUCCCACUGAUGAGGAUCAGCCCAUGGUGUUUCUUUGCUCUGAUGUCAGUGUCUGGACUUUUCUCUGUUACAUUUUCUGUGAUAUUUGCGUAUGUGGCUGAUAUUACAGAAGAGCAUGAAAGAAGCACAGCGUAUGGACUGGUUUCGGCCACGUUCGCAGCGAGUUUGGUGACGAGUCCGGCUAUCGGAGCGGUCCUGUCGGUCCGGUACGGGGACAGUCUGGUGGUUCUGCUCGCCACCAUCAUCGCAGUGGCCGAUAUUCUCUUCAUCCUGCUGGUGGUUCCCGAGUCUCUGCCCGACAAAAUGAGACUGUCAUCGUGGGGUUUCCCCAUCUCCUGGGCGCAGGCGGAUCCGUUCGCUUCUCUGAGGAAGGUUGGUAAAGACUCCACAGUGCUGCUCAUCUGUGUCACAGUGUUCCUGUCGUAUCUGCCGGAGGCCGGACAGUACUCCAGCUUCUUCCUCUACCUGGGACAGGUCAUUAACUUCUCAUCAGGAGCAAUUGCGGCGUAUAUUGCGAUGGUGGGAAUCCUGUCCAUCAUUGCACAGACGUUACUUUUAAGCAUUCUAAUGAAGAGAAUUGGCAAUAAAAGCACAGUGCUUCUGGGACUGGGGUUUCAGCUGCUCCAGCUGGCCUGGUACGGCUUCGGGUCAGAACCAUGGAUGAUGUGGGCGGCCGGGACCGUCGCUGCCAUGUCCAGUAUCACCUUUCCCGCCGUGAGCGCGCUCGUCUCUCACUGCACAGAUCACGACCAGCAGGGAGCGGUUCAGGGAAUGAUCACAGGGAUUCGAGGUCUGUGUAACGGACUCGGCCCGGCUCUCUUCGGAUUCAUAUUCUUCCUCUUCAAUGUGGAGCUGAAGGAGAUAAGCCCCGUCCCGAACCCCGUCACACCCGGCACCGAAGAGAAGUCCGUUAUUCCUGGUCCUCCGUUCCUGUUCGGCGCUUGUACGGUUGUGCUGGCGCUUCUGGUGGCGGUCUUCAUCCCGGCUCAACACACUCUGGUCGUGAAGACGUGCAGCACGAGGAUCAUGACGGAGCCGGUGAGCGGUGGCCCCGAGAACGGCUCCGUUCCUGUGAGCGACGAGGACAACGAGCCUCUUCUACAGGACAGUAGCUUAUAGACCACUGAACCCCUACAAGGUUUCCAUUCCAGGAGUGUGUCUGAAAAAGCUUUGUAUGAGAUGUCUAAACGUCUUUUUGGUGACACUUUAUAACAAGGUCUUAUUUGAUAACAUUGCAUUAGCUAACAUUAAAGGGAUAGUUCACCCAAAAAUUCUAAUUAGCCCAGGAUUUACUCACCCAGAAGCCAUCCUAGGUGUGCAUA